CGAACAAUCAGGCAUGCCGUCAUGUACUCCAUUUCGUCUUGACCUACAAUUCCCCUUUCGCCUCGCCACCCCAGCCGCUAAGCAAGCGCUACUCUAGCUACUCACGGCCGCUGACUCCGUGCUUCCACCAGAGCCGUAACCCAGAAAUCCCGCGCCAUCAACUCGGACCACCUCAACAAAACUUGCGUUGUGUUCGCCGCAUCAAACUAGCAGUAGUCUAGGAUCCAAGUUCCCUCGCGCUCGUUUCCGUUCGCAGUCUAGUUAGUCGGCGAUGAAAAUCGUCAGGCUGCCGGCGGCCGGUAGUUGAAAUGGUGGAUAGGCAGACGGGACGGCAUAUACUCCACCAUCAUGACGACGGCGUGCACUCUGGCGACUGCAUGCGACGUCGCACGGGCAGACGAAGGACUUUGGCAGCAGUUCCUUCCCUCCUGCUCCUGCUGCUGCUUGUACUCGUUAUAGGACCAGCGCUUAGCGGUAGCGCUGGUAGUGGGGGAAGCGGCCGCAAGGGGAAGAAAGGCGCGGGGAAGUCUAGCGGCAAGGGAGAAAAUGUCGGCAAGGGAGGGAUUAGCGGCAAAGGCGAGCGGCAAGGGGAAGUGCGUGCAUCGGGGGGAGCGGGGAGCGGCCAGUGCGACAUAUUCGAAGGUCAAUGGGUCGUUGACUUCGCACGCCCGCCCUACGACGACUCCUGCCCCUACCUCCUCGGCCUGACGCGGUGCGGUAGCAAUGGGCGGCGCGAUUCGUCGUACGUGCGGUACUCGUGGUAUUCCACGUCGUGCCGCCGCUUCAUCCGCUUCAACCCCAGGGGCUUCCUUCGCAUACUCGCCAAUCGCACGUUGGCGAUCAUCGGUGACUCCAUCGCCAUCGCCAACUUCCUCCCCGCCAUUCUCUGCCAACUCCGCGCGGUCACCGCCGUCUCCGCGCCCGUGCGCCACAAGCUCCCGCGCGGGCCCCUGGGGCAGCGCUCCCCGCAGCUGGAGGCGCUGAUUUACCGCGUGCCCGCGGUGGGGGGGCGCAUCGUGGGGAUCUGGGACGACUAUCUCAUGCGCGUGACGCAGGAGAAAUCCAUGCUGGCGCGGCUGGUUCCGCGGUACCGCGCGGCGGAGGCGGGCCCCGAGGACGUGGCGAUCGACGUGCAGACGGCGAACCCGCAGUGGGCGGCGCUGCUGGGCGCCGUGGACGUGGUGGUGCUGGAGACCGCGACGCACUGGCGCACGCUGCGCACCAGCAAGGCGUCCGCCAUGGCCAUCACCGACCGCCACUGGCGCGUGCUGCCGGGGGUGGACGCGUACUCGGGGUACAGCAAGGCCAUGCAGACGAUCCGCCGGCUGUUCGAGUCCCCUCGCGCAGCUGCUGCCGCAUCAGCCAACGUGUCCUCCCCCUCGUUCUGGGACGCUGCUGCACGCAACGGCACGGCACAUGCACACGGACGGCAACUCGCAUCCACAACACCAUCAGCAGCAGCGUCCGCGUGGCGUGGCAAGCGCGGCGGCCCCCUGGCGUUCUUCAUGACGGCCUCCCCGCAGCACAACGCCAAGAAGCUCGGCGGGCCAGGCCUGUGCGGGUCGCCCGGCCACGUGCUCACCAGGAAAGAGGUGGGGCGCAUGGAGCGCAACAACGUGCAGCUUUCGCGCUUCCUCCCCAUGCAGCGCGCAGCCUUCCCCCCGGGGGGCCCUGUGCGCCUGCUGGACAUUGCGCGCAUCUCCGCCCUGCGCCCUGAGGCGCACGUGGGCAACUGGUCCAGCAGCAAGGGCAAGGUGCGGUAUUUCGACUGUCUGCACUGGUGCCAGCCUGGAGUGCCAGACGUCUGGGCCGACCUCUUUUACCACCAGCUCCUGCAGGAGCCCUCGCUGCAGUCACACCCCUCCACGUCACCGUCGCCCAACCCACCAAAGCCCGCUACUACACCUUCCAAAUCCCCCAAGCAGUCCAAGCCCCCUCCUCGCCCUCCAUCCAAUAUCCCAUCUCCCCUUCGCUCUCCCAAGCCCUCCAAGUCACCCAAACCCAAGGCACCCCCCAGAAGCCGCCCUCCCCGCAAGCCCAACCCUUCCCCCCAACCACCGCGCAAGAACAACUCAUCAACCCCUUCCCCUUCCCCUUCCCCCACCCCUGCGCUCUUCCCCCAGCCUAUCCCCCGCCCUCUCCCCCAACCAUCUCCACAACCAUCUCCAAAACAACCCCCCCGGCCCUCCCCACGACCUUCCCCAACGCCCUCCUCCCCCCUUCCCUCCCCCAAGCCCUCCCCCAAGCCCUCCCCCAAGCCCUCCCCGAAGCCCUCCCCCAAGCCCUCCCCCAAGCCCUCCCCCAAGCCAUCCCCCAAGCCCUCCCCCAAGCUCCCAAACCGUUCCCCCCAGCUGUCCCCCAAGCCGUCCCCCAGGCCCUCCCUUAUCCCCGCCCCUGGGCGCUCCCCCUCCCCGUCCCCUCCCAACGAGCGCUCCAUGCGGCCUCGUGACCCCCCAUCCAGUCGAAACAAUAGCCCUGGGAACCAGGGAGGGGGAGGGGGAAUUCCGGGGGGAGGAGGGGGCAGUCAGGGGGGAGGAGGAGGGGGAAGCAGCAAGCCCAAUCGCAUGAAGCCACGGGUUCGAACACACUUGGAGGGGGGAGGGGGAACUGGAGAGACAAAAGAGACUGCAGGGACCUUGUCGGGCAAUACGUUUAUUGAAAGCGGAGGUGGGAAGAGGAAGGAUGGGAAGGCGGGCACAGCAGGAAGGCUGGGCGGUGGAUUGGCAGUGGAUGGUGAGAAGAGAAAUGGGAGCGGUGGAAGUGGUGGUGUGGAGGACAGAGUUGAGAGCCAGGGAUGGAGCGAUGGUGGGAGGGAUGACGUUGAUGACGGGUACGGUACGGACGACGACUACGGUGGCAGUUACAGUGAUGAUGGUGCUGCUGGUAGGGGGGGGGGCAGCGGGGGUGCUGGCCGCCCGGGAGGAGGAGCAUCUGGUGCUGCUUUUUCUGCCAGUGUUGAUAAUGACUAUGAUGGGGAUGCGCAUCGGGGUGAGCAGGAGAUAGGAAACGGCGUGCCAUCGAUCCUUGCAUCGUCUCUCCCCGGAACCUCUCCGUCCAUCCCUCAACCACUGGGAGCAGCGUCCAACCCUCCUUCUGUACCUACUGAGCGCCGUCUCCAUGGCCACCGCUCGCCCUGGCACCGGCAGCACCAGCAGCAGCAGCAUCAUGGGGAAGGUGCUGACCCUGCUGCCGAUGCAGCUGGUCGUGCUGUUUGGUCUCCAUUGCAAGGGCGUGACAGUCCCCUUAGGCUGCAAGGGGGUGACACAACAAGUCGCGACAGAAGCAAUGCUGUGGCUAUGGAAAGCCAUGUGGCGCCAUCACAACCACAGGGCCGGGUGUUAGUGGCAUUAUUUGCAGCAAACGGGGAACAAGGAAACGUGCCCGUUCAAACUAAUUGUACAGCUAAUGUCUGGUCAAGGCUGGAGUCCGUGGGCUUGCAAGGGAGUAACAAACACAUACCGUAAUCCCCCAUGUAUAACACCCUAUGGUGGAUGUAAUAAUUCAUUAUAAAAAUGAUUGGGUGUU